AUGGGCUGGUUUCGCUCCUCGGCCUCUCCCGAGGCCGGCACCGCCACCGCAGAAGCGCCAGCGGCAGCAGCCGAGCAUGGAUCCCAGCACCGGCAGCCGCAGCCGGAAGCGAAUUCUCCAGCACCGUUGACUGAAGCGGAGCAGCUCGACCUCCUCGUCGCCGGUGCGCGUCUCGACGACACGGAAGCGCAGGAUACGGCUCGCUUCCUCGGGUCCAACAGGCGGCACAUGUACGCGGACGGUCUGCUGAGCUGCGCCGCCUACACCUUCAGCGGGCUGCACCAUAUCCAAGGGCAAAGCAGCGCUCUGACGCUGCUCACCAUGUGGACCGUUGGAACAACGUUCCUGGUCGACGUGGCAGAGCGGAAGUACCUGCAAGAAUCUCUGCAGGGCACGCUGCGCACGGCGAAGACAACAAGCGAAGCUGAGAAGCCGCUAUUACUCGAUCAGCCACCACACAACGCUACACCGGCAUCUACGCCAAGAAAAGCAGCAGUGGUGCCGGCGAUGCCUACCUCGUCCGACUCGCUGUCAUCAGCGAUCAAGAAGCCCGCGCCACGAGACAAGGAGAAGCUCGCGGAGCAGCAGCGAAAGGUGUUCUUGACACAGGCGGUCGCGUCGUGGCUGUGGAUGCUGGCCUCCUUUCAGCAGUUCAAGGUGCACAAGCGACUCAAGUGGUGCGGGUACAGCAGCUGGAUGGGACUCGGCUGCGCGGGGUACUACACGACUCGGCAUCUCUACAACCUUCUUGUGAAGUAG